GCCCGGCCCCGCCACCUUCUCCCCUUCCCUCACCUGAGGCGGGAGGUCGCAGAGCCCGGCCCCAGGCCCCGGCCCCGCCACCUUCUCCCCUUCCCUCACCUGAGGCGGGAGGUCGCAGAGCCCGGCCCCUGGCCCCGGCCACGCCGCCUCCUCCCCUUCCCCUUCCCUCACCUGAGGUGGCGCCCGAGGCCCGGCCCCGCCACCUUCUCCCCUUCCCUCACAGGCCCCGGCCCCGCCACCUUCUCCCCUUCCCUCACCUGAGGCGGGAGGUCGCAGAGCAGCGGGUCCCGCACCAGCCUCGCCAGCGCCUCCUGGAACAGCUCCAGCACGUCGGCGUGAGCCAGCUCCUCCUCGGGCUCGGCGGCCGCCAUCGCGGCCCGGAAGGGGCGGGCGGCGGCGGAGGAAAAGCGGCGAUGCUGCUGUUCUGCCCGGCCUGCGGCAACGUGCUGGUGGCCGAGGAGGGGCCGCGCUGCCACCGCUUCGCCUGCACCACCUGCCCCUACGUGCGCAACGUGACGCGGAAGGUGACGAGCAGGAAAUACCCGCGGCUCAAGGAGGUGGAUGAUGUGCUGGGCGGCGCGGCGGCCUGGGAGAACGUGGACUCCACGGCAGAGCCGUGCCCCAAGUGCGAGCACCCCCGCGCCUACUUCAUGCAGAUCCAGACGCGCUCGGCCGACGAGCCCAUGACCACGUUCUACAAGUGCUGCAACGCGCAGUGCGGGCACCGCUGGCGGGACUGAGCCCCGCGGAACGGAACGGAGCGGGGCAGGGGCUGGGUGUCUCCUGCAAUAAACGUGUCGCGGGGUGGAAGUCAC